AUGUUGAAAAUAGAAAACAAACACAAAGAAUACUAUGGUAAAAUAGAAGAAAUUGUGACCAAGUGCACUAACGGACUUAUUGCAAAUCGGCCAUUAUGCAUAGAUAUACUUGAGUGCCGGAGCAAUUGGGCACCGGCAUAUGAAAGUGUUAGAGUGAAUAUCACCAUGAUGGGCAUUGAUUCAAGCGUUAAUUACGACCAUAAUAAAUAUUUUCUUGAAUAUUUUUUGGCUGUAAAACGCAAUACUAACGAUUGCGCAGAAAAAUCCGUAAACGACGCAAAAAGCAAAAUGGAGCUCGAAUUGGAUUUUUCAGUAUUUCAAAAUGAGAAGAAACAAUUGUUUAACCCAUUGGGCUAUUAUAUGGCAUCCGAGAUAAUGGUAGAGAUUGUGACCGCGGUGAAAAUACUACACACUAGCAAACCGCCAAUAAUACACCGUAAGUAUGUAAAAUUGUCGGAUUUUGGCCUGGCCGUUUACCACGAUCCCCAAGCCAUGUCACAUACACAGAAUAAAGGCACAGAACGGUAUAUGGCACCUGAGGUCAGGGGUGGGCGCAGUCUGGGAAUGGUUGGCCAGGAUUUGUUCAAUUUUGAUAAUAACACAAUCGGGAGACUAAAUCCGGAUGACAUGUAUAAGACAAUUGAACACGUGAUCGGCAAUUGCUUGAAGGGUACGGCCAAUGAGAGACCCACUUGUGAACAGAUACUGGCCAUUAGUGACCAAUGGGCCACCAGUGUUACCGAUUUAGUUAAUGAAGUACUGUACGAAUUGUGUGCUGUAAUUGUAUUCUUUGGAUGUAUCGAUGACGCCAUUAUUAUCGCGUUCAAAUCAUGUUUAACAUCAUUGAAUGAUUCUGCCCACGAUUCCCUAUUCUCAAAAAUCUCCUUAAUACUCGGCCUUUCAACUGGCGUUCCAAUAGUGCACUGA